AUGACUCGUUCAGGCAAGCGCUCCGUCCUCGUGAUUAACGGUCCCAACCUCAACCUCCUGGGCAUCCGCGAGCCACACAUCUAUGGUGCCGAGACUCUCGACGACGUUUCGGCCGCGGGAGAGAAACAGUCUGCCGCCGGUGGCUCGCAUGUCGAGUUCUUCCAGAGCAACUGGGAGGGGGCAGUCGUCGACCGUAUUCAAGCGGCACGAACAGACGGCACCGACGGCAUUGUUCUCAAUCCCGGAGGUUGGACGCACUACUCCAUCGCCAUCCGCGAUGCCCUCCUUGGUGUUGACAUUCCGUUCAUCGAGCUCCACGUCGCCAACAUUCACUCGCGUGAAGACUGGCGCCACCACUCGGUCUUCCACGACAAGGCUGUGGCCGUGAUUGCUGGUGCUGGGGUCCUGGGCUACAAGUACGCCAUUGACCUGGCGACCACCAACGAGAAGAAGUUCCCGUCCAAGGCCGACGUUCAGUAG